AUGGCUGCCACGACUAUGGAACGCGGCUAUCACAACACAUCAUCAUCGUCAUACUUCCUCCCCAAUAACGCCAUUGAGCAGGAUCGACUCGAUGCGCAAGCCGAUGCCAUUGUGGCCAUGAUUGGUGGUGCUCCGUUUUUGGCGUACAUCCGUCAUGUCACAAACGCCUUUAGGGCAGCCGAUAUUGGCUGCGGAACUGGUGUUGCAACCAUUUAA